AGGAACAUUGAUAGAAAUUAUUGAUAAUGUAAUAUAAUAUAUUCAGUGGAUUAACGUAGAAAAAGCUAGAAGCAGUAAAAAAUUAACUGUAAGUGUUGUGACUAUAUAGUGGGAGUUAAAUAACUAAACCAAGAAAAAAUGGAAUCGUUUGUUACAUUAAUAGUUAAAGCUCCAAAUCAACAAAUUGAAGAUCAGACAAUACAGUGCGAACCUUCAUGGACAAUUCACAAGUUAAAGCAACAUCUAUCGGAAGUGUACCCCAGUAAACCCCCUAAACAUGAACAGAAACUAAUAUAUUCAGGGCAGUUACUAAACGAUACCGUAACGUUAAAAGAAAUAUUACGACAGUAUGAAGGACAGGAAGCACACACUGUACAUUUGGUUUGUUCCUCCAAAUAUAUGCAAAAUGUUCCUGAAACCAAACCAGUAUCUCAGACUAGUACACCAAAUAAUACCCAAAAUACAAAUAAUUCGACAACAUCGAGUCCAGCCACAAACGAAAACGCCUCCGGAGAACAAAACACAACUGGUUUUCCUCAAAAUAUGCCAUAUUUUAACAUGAACAGCGGGCAAAUUGAUCCAAACCAGUAUGCUAUGCAGUUGGCGUGGAUGCAACAGGCUUAUUUCCAGUAUAUGAGUCAGUAUAUGCAACUGGCAGCAAAUUCAUAUGGAACAUCAGCUCAGGCGAUACCAAAUAAUGGAGAACCAGUUCCCAACCAACCAGAACAACCUCCAGCAGCUCCUGCAGAAGCUCCCGCCGUUGCCAGAGAUCCCGAUAAUCCCGAAAGAGACUGGCUCGAAGUAUUUUAUAUGUUGACCAGAGCCGCGGUUCUCUUCAUUGUUAUAUAUUUCUAUUCCAGUCCUAUUAGGUUUUUAUUUGUUCUUCUUUUGGGUUUCAGUUUAUACUUAUAUCAAAUAGGCUUCUUUAGAAAUAUGAAUAAUAACAAUAAUAACAUCAACGGCCCUCCGGAACAAGCGCAAGUAGAAGAACCAGCUCCAUCGAGGUUCAUGAUAGUGUGGACAUUUUUUGCUACGUUUUUUGCAUCCCUCAUUCCCGAGAUUCCAAACGCUAUUUAGUUAUAUUAAAUAUCGACUCAUUCACUACAUACAUUGUUUAAUUUACCACGUUGAUAUUUGUUUAAGAAUUUCAUGGGUUAAGACAAGGUAAAUGAGGGUAUCCUUCCUGGUGAUGAGUGACAGGUUUUGAGAUAAACAAAAUAAUUUAUUUCUCGAUAUUUUUAUUGGCGCAGGUGUAAUUUUUAAAUAUAUAAAUUUGCGAUAGUCGUUAUUUCAAUAUUUAGAUUUACUCCGGUUAUUGCAAAAUUUUAUAUCUUUGUUUGUGUUUAAACAUGUAAGGUUGCCAAAAUAUAUAUUGCAAUAUUUUUUCGAAAUCUGCACGUUUUCUAUAUAUCUGUUAUUGUUUUUUUUAUUUUAAAUCUUAUGGCCACCGAUGAGAUGUAGAUUUGUAUGCUGCCAGUGUUUAUAUCAGGUUUUAUUAUUUCUAUUAAAUUGUAUUCUGUUUUCAGCGUCAUGAUACAAUAAUAAAAUAAAUACGUAUCCAGUACCUCGAUACGUAAUUUUCAUUAAAUAUGUCCCCUCUAUGACUUAAAUUUUCCCGUGAAAUCGACCAUUUUUUCAUUUCUAGACUGGGUUAAUUGUCUUUUUGCCAUACAGUCCAAGCUCUGUCAUUUAUAAAACUUUGAUACUUAUAUUUUUUAAGUAAGACGGAUUUUAUAUAUAAAUAUAUUAAAAAUUAACCAUAACAUCUUUCAGCGUAUGGUCACAUAUUGUAGUCAUUGGAUUCUUUUUAAUACAUCAUUUAAAUAAGGGGGCUGGUGGCAGUUAUUUUUGAAAUCUCCACUUUAAUCAAAUUGAUGGUAUUGCAGUCGUUCCAAACUCGCAAGGUUUUUCUCAAUCAUAAGUUUUGUAUUCUGCCUAUUGAUAAUAUCGAUAAUUUCUUGGAUUUGUAUACAGUUUCAAGGUUUCAUAUCUUUUCUCCUCUUGUGUUAGAUACGUACUCUAUUUUUUUGUGAAUUGAGAGGAUUAUAUGAAACAUCUCUAUAAUUUCUUUUUAUUUUAUUAGGCAUUGCAAAAAGAAAAAAUCUUAGCUCAAUAAAAACUUAUUUAUCCACUGAGCUUCAUAUAGUUGAUUUGUUAGCUCCAGAGUACCAAUAGGAAUAUUUUUACAACUACAGACACAAUUAUUUCGGUAUGCAGCGGAAGAUAGGACAAAGAAGUACUCUUUUUAGGUUACCAAGCUUUCGCAAAUCUUUAUUUGCAUCAUCAGGGUGACUAAUUGAGGUUAGUUGUCAUGGUGUUUAGAAAAUGGAAGAAACAACUCAUCUGGUUCCUACAAAUAAUGGCGAUAACUAUCCAAAAAAUUGUUUGUUUUAAAAAACGUUUUUACACAAAAAAAAACUUGUACAGUCUAAGGCCAUCCGCACAUGAAGCUACUAAAAAGAAACCAGUUGGUAACUUUAGUUACCAAUCAGUUGCUUAUUUUAAUGAGUAUCCGCACACAGCUCUACUAGUUAGUAACCGGUCUCUAAUGCAGCAGUGAUCAGUCGACAGCAGACUGGACGUGCAGGUCGCUUGGGGACUAGUUUCUAGUUUUUUGUGAUAUUUUUAACAUGCGAAAUUGGUAGAACAGUCGUUUAAUAUAAAAUUAGUGCAAGAAGUGGAAAAACAUCCCUGCCUAUACAACAAAUGCUCUGCAAUUUAUAUUGUUUGCAAUGAAGGGAUGAACCCAAUACCUCCUUUUUUUCUUGAUAAACUAAAAAAAAGUACUUCUUUGUCCUGUCUUCCGCUGUAUAUCCAAAUAGUUGUGUUUCUAGUCUAACUCAUCAGCGUUGAUUACAAGCGUUUAUCGCUUUUUCAGUAUAUAUGUUGAGUUUUUAUGUGAACUUUUAUUAUCUAUUUUGUUUUAUACUGGUUCUAAUUUUGUUUAAUGAGUUUUAUCUAGUCAUCGUACACUAAAAACAUUUAAAAAUAUAGCUGUGUUGCUUCUUUAGUCUUCAUUAUAAAGCAGUUUUUGACUUCAGAUCUAAUAUUUUAAAAUAGGAUUUGUAACUUAAAAGGAUUACUUCCUAACUAUUUUGUAGUUUUUGUUAAAUUCAAGAGGAGUGGUCUUUAACUUCUUCAUAUAGCCUCUGAAGCCAAUAUCAGUGAUUAUCUGAAAUAGUAUCAUGUGCUUGAAUAAGUUAACAAUUUACAUCAAAUGUUUGUAGUGUCAAAACUCAUACGAGAACAAAAGAAUCUCCUUUAUCCGUGAAAUAUGUACAACGAAUUUUAAUCGGAACAAACUGUUGAAUAUAAGUAAAUAAAACUAAUUUAAAUCACAAAGUUUAAACAGCAUUUAAUAUUUUCGAAAAAAUAUUUUCUUUUUGGCCAACCUUUCAUUUUGAGGCCGGUUAUUGAAUUGAAACCUAUAAGCUAUGCCGAUAAUAUUCUAUUUUGUUUCUUGUACCUGUUAACUUCUAGAGUCUCAUUUAGAAGUGUUUCUGGUAACGCCCUAUUGAAUUAAAAAAUAUACUAUUAUAUCUUGUUUGAAACAAGCAUAAUAUAAGGGGUAAGAGUUUUGAUUAAAGAGUGGUAUAUUUUAAAUUUUUCUAUAAAAGGCUAUCUUCAUAAAACGGUCUUAACUAACCUAAGCUCUCUUUGCAACAGAUUAAAUAUGUUGAAAACAAAAAAAACAUGCAAUCAAAUGAGAUAAUUUAGUUGAAUACGUAAAAAGAAAAAAAAUACUGUUUAGUUAAUCCAUUUCAAUUUAAACAUGUUUAAAAUGGAGACUGCACAGGAAAUAUCACUCACAUAUGUAAAAAAUAUAAUAUUAAUUGGUCAUAUUAAAAUAUGAUUUUAUAUGUCAUCUGUCAUAUUAAAAUAUGAAAUAGAAACACUAAAAUUGAAUAGAUCCAGUCUCUUUAGAUCGAUUCUCUUAAAACAAAAGAAACAUACCAGUUGAUCUGGCUUUCUCAGAAUAGAUGAAAAGUACUAACAAUAGGUUGAGCAAUCAGAUUACGUACACACAUUAAGAUAAGGACCUUACCCCGUAUUAGGAACACCGUCCCGAACUAGUAUCCAUCUUUGCUUAUCAUUAUAUGAUUCUAACACACUGAGUUAAUAUUUUUAUAAAAUAUAUACUAUAUCCAAAGAUUAUAUGUUACUGUAUGACCAAAAAUUUACUUUACUGUAUAACCUCAUUAUACACAUAAUUAUAAUCCAGUAAUUUAGGAUUUUGAAUAAAAUAUUAUCUGUGAUAAUAAAGCAAUAUGCUUCCUUUUUAGCACUCAAUGAUAACAUUAACUUUUUAUUUUUUAUAAUUUUUUACGGACCAGUCUACAAUACCUAUUGAUUUGAUACUAUAAGAAUCAGAUCUUACAGUAUUUUUUAUCAUUGUAAGGAACAUCAGCAUUUUGACGUCUCAAACCACAUCAGUAGUGAUCAGUUUCCAUAUGUGGUCUUGAUUCUAAACAAACUUAAUUAUCUAUUUCGUUUUAACCCUUUGUGAAAUUUUUUGGAAUAAUGUGCACCAACAUAUUUUUAAGACCAUUUUUAUAAAGUUUGAUAAGUGAAGUAAUGUUGUAUGUGAGGUAUGUACCAGGUUUCAUUUCGCCUUAUUAAUAUGGAGUAAAAAAAAUUAUCUGCAAAUUUCUUUAUGAUGGACUAUUGUGAAAAUAUAGGUAACUUAAGUUUGUUUAGAAGGGAAAAUUAUAUCAAAUUAUACUAAUGCAUGCAUGUUACCUGUCCACAUUCCAUAUAGUACAUAUUUGUCAUUUGAUGUAUAACAUAACAAUUGUAGUCAUACACAAAAAGUUUCAGCUAGUCUUCUUAAUCAAAACUCUUAGACCACCAUCGUAUAUCCAGUGCCCUUAGUCUCAAGUUUAAAACAUUUUUAGAGGUAAUAUUUAUCCUAACAUUGUGUAGAUACAAAUAAAUUUUCUAAUUUUUUAAGAUCUGCUAAGAAAUGAAAAGCAAAUGCAAUGUUACAUACUGUGCUUUAAUUGUACAUAUUAUUAGUUUUAGUGAAAAAGAUGUGAUUUAAAUAAUAAAAUUAUAUUAUACUUU